AUGUCGGACUCGCGUACUUUCGAUCCUGUCGCAGCCGCACCCUCCGUUGCGUCCUCCACCGACUUGCAUCUUCGCACGCGGUUAGGGACUCAAUACAACGAUGCCCGUUCUCCCGUCAACUCACGCGUUGCAGAGGGGACCGACGAAACCCGCGCAGAUCCCGGCAGCAGCGGCGGCGGCGGCGGCGGCGCAGCAUGGACGCCAUUCCGGCGGGACCUGGUGGUGCUGGGCGCGGCGUUCCUCGCGCUCUUCGCGGCGUACAGCGCCAUUCAGAACCUCGAGACGUCGCUGCACCCGCGCGCCGGCAUGGGCGCCGUGUCCCUCGCCGUGAUCUACGGCGGCAUCGUCGUGUUCGCGCCGCUCGCGCCCGCCGUGAUCCGCUAUUUGCGGCCGCGAGGCGCCAUGCUGGUGGGCAUGUCGGGGUACUGCGCGUACAUCGCCGCCAACGCCGUCGACUCCAGCUGGGUGCUGCUGCUGUCCGCGGGGUACUUGGGCGCGAGCGCGUCCGUGCUGUGGGUGGCGCAGGGGCUCUACAGCGUCAUGCUCGCGCGCGGACACGCCGCCGCCGCGGGCGUGGCGGAGCAAGCAGCAAUCGCGGAGUUCAGCGGAAUUUUCUGGGGAAUCUUCGCGGCGAACCAGGUGGUGGGCAACGCCGUCACCUUCCUCGUCUGCCAGCUCAUGGCUCUCCUCUUCCCCGCUGCUCCUGCUGUGCCUUCUGCGUUUGCUACUCCCGCUGCUGCCUCCCCUGAGAGCCUUCCCCCCGCUACAGUCACGGUGCUGAUAAUCACGUUUCUGCUUUUCCUCGCGCUGGCCGCCGCGCUGACGUGGCGGCUGACUGACCUGUCAGAGGACCACCCCCUCUGCUGGCCCGCGCCCGCUCCCCUCGCGGAUGGUGCGCUGGUGGGGGGAGGGAGAGGCGGCAUUACAGGGGAAGACGAGGAGGAGGGGAGUGAGAGGGGGGAUGACGGGGAGGGAAAAUCUUUGCUGGGAGGCAAAUCGGUGGCUGGGCGAGCGGAGGAGCGGGGGGCGGUGGAGCAGUCAGGGGCGGCAGGAGGGGCGGGGGAGGGGGCGGGCAGCAGGGCAAAGGGGGGACGCAGCGCGUGGGAGCUGGCGGAUUUCACGCUGUACGUGGUGCGCCCAGCGCUGGGAGUGGCGUGGAUCGGCGGGGUCAUGUCCGUGUUUGGCGUCGCCAACAGCCUCGCGUGCAUGGCAGCGGCGCGCCUGUCAUCGGGGCUGCACUCCAUCCUCGCCACGCUGCUCAUCGGUGCCGCCUGCCAGAUCGCCGUGCUGCUCUCGCUCAUGCUCCUCGCACCCUUCACCGCCCCCUCGUGGGUGGCCUUCACAGUGGUGCUGGUGCAGGCAGUGCUGUGGGGGGUGGGGGAUGUCGCCUUCCAGUCACAGAUCAACGCACUGCUGCCCCUCGUCUUCCCUCGAGACAUGGACGCCUCGUUUGCGCACAUGAAGAUGUGGACCAGUGCCGCCUCGUCCCUCAUGUUCCUCCUCAGCCCGCACCUCUCUAUGCCCGCCAAAGCAGCCUUGCUCACCGCCUCCUGUGCUGCCUCCCUGCCUCUCAUGCUCGCGGUUGUGCACGUGCCAUAG